AGUUGUCAAGUCAAUAACUCACAGGGCACUCUUGUACUUCUCUAGUCUAGACAUGUGAAUUCACAUUAAUUUUAAAUGGUAAGAGAUUUUUUAAAGAACUUUGUAAAAACUAAACACACGAAUCCCCGAAGCAAAAGGUCACAAUAUUAUGGAUCAAGUUGAGCUUACCAAGGGAGACAGCUUCUGUGACUCUUCAAUGAGAAAGCACAAAAGUCUGUCUCACGUUGUUGCAUCAGAGAUUGCAGAGUAGCAAACGAGUGCUUUCUCACCUUUAAUUCACUAUUUUUUAAAAGCCAACAUGCCGACUGUGGCAUUGAAAAGGGAAGAACUUUUCAGUCGCCUUGGACGAUCAUACACUGAUGAAGAGUUUGAUGAGCUGUGCUUCCAGUUUGGUCUGGAAUUGGAUGAAGUGACAUCAGAAAAGGAGCAGAUUGAAAGAGAACAAGGUUUGGGAAAAGCCAAAGGGGCAUCUGAAGAUGUAGAAUACAAAAUUGAUGUUCCAGCCAACAGAUAUGAUCUACUGUGUAUUGAGGGAUUGGUUCGUGGCCUACUUAUCUUUCAAAAAAGUAAGUGUGAGAAAAAGGAAGAAGAGUGCCUUUUGGUGUGCCUGAUAUCAAGUUUUGUAGUAAGAUUUACAGCGCAGGUGAGACCAUUUGCUUGUGCUGCUGUUCUGCGCAAUGUUACUAUGACACAGGAAAGCUACAAGAGUCUUAUAGACCUUCAGGACAAACUGCACCAGAACCUUUUGCAGAAAGCGGUCUUUGUAGCUAUCGGCACUCAUGACCUUGACACAGUGAAGGCAUUUAUAUAUGAUGAGCCCCCUGCAGACAUCUGCUUUAAGCCUUUAGGACAAACUCAAGAGCUUACUGCUGAACAGAUGAUGGAACUAUACUCAGUAAAAAGUCACUUAAAGCAGUAUCUUCCAUUAUUAGAGACAAGGCUGUCUAUCCUGGUAAUUUAUGAUUCAACAGGAGUUGUUCUGUCAAUGCCUCCCAUCAUUAUUCUUGUUGCAGGAGAGCAUACCAAGAUCACACUUGACACGCGCAACAUUUUCAUUGAGUGUACAGCCACUGCCACCAAGGCCAAGAUAGUGUUGGAUAUUCUGGUUACUAUGUUCAGUGAAUACUGUUCCCAGCCAUUUACGGUGGAGGAGGCAGAAGUAAUCAACCCUGAUGGACGUACCGUGCUGUACCCAGAGCUGGUAUACAGGACUGAGAAAGUACAGGUAGAGAAAAUCAGUCAACAGAUUGGUGUGACACUAAACGCACAAGACAUGGCAGAUCUUCUCACUAGAAUGUGUCUGGAGUCACAGGUUUUGGAAGAUAAGAAGACACUGAUGGUGAAGGUCCCUCCAACCAGAGCAGAUAUCAUGCAUGCUUGUGAUAUCAUGGAAGAUGCCGCCAUUGCAUAUGGCUAUGAUAACAUCCCUAUGAUGUUUCCAUCUACAAGCACAACUGGAGCCCAGUUCUCCCUGAACAGUUUGUCAGACCUGAUAAGACAGGAAACGGCAACAUGUGGAUUCACUGAGGUGCUGACAUUUGCUCUGUGUUCUCGGGAGGACAUCUCUGACAAACUGUUGCAAGAUAUCAAGAGAAGUAAGCCUGUGCAUAUUGCUAAUCCAAAAACAUUGGAGUUUCAGGUAGCACGCACCACUCUGUUGCCUGGUAUCCUAAAGACUAUUCAUCACAACAAGAACAUGCCACUGCCUUUAAAACUCUUUGAAAUCUCUGAUGUUGUCUUGCAAGACCCAUCAAAAGAUGUUGGUGCCAGGAAUGAGCGGCGCCUAUGUGCUGUCAACUACAACAAGUCUCCAGGCUUUGAGAUCAUCCAUGGACUGUUGGAUCGCUUGAUGCAGCAGUUGGAAGUAACCCCUGGUGGGGGUGAUACAGGUUAUCAUCUGCUUGCUAGUGAUGACGCUACCUAUUUUCCUGGACGAUGUGCUGAUAUUGUUGUGCAAGGCCAGGUUUUGGGUAGGUUGGGUGUGCUACAUCCUGAUGUGGUGACCAAAUUUGAGUUAAACAUGCCUUGUGCUGCGCUGGAGAUGACACUGGAGCCAUUUCUAUGAUCUAUAGCUGCAGCUAUGUUAAACUGUUAAGCGCCACGUGAAUACUGCAAGACCAACAUGCUGUGUGUCUGCUGCCUUCUGUGAUCGUGGUAAUUGUAUUAUGCAUAUUCAUAAAAUUCACAGAACACAGCGUCUAUUUAUGGGAACAUUGUUUUACUGCUGGAAUAAUAGCAUUAGUGUGAGAAAAGUAAAAAUGCAACAUUCGUCUCUGUGUCAUUUUAUCGUAGAAAUAAUAAACUGAAGAAAAUUGUAA